AUGGAUGAAUCGCUCUAUGACGAGUUUGGCAACUACAUUGGCCCCGAUCUUGAAGAUGAAGACGAGGAUCUGGAAUUAGAGCAAGAAGAGGAGGAAGAAGAGCAAGAGAUUCGCGGCUUCGAGACGGCAUCACCUGCUGCUCAAGAAGAACCAUUGGAGCCAGUGAACGAAGGGGCUUUGAUGCAGGUGGAUGAUAUUCCACAGAAUCAAAUUGUGCUCCAUGAAGAUAAGCAAUACUACCCAUCGGCUGAAGAAGUGUAUGGUCCUGGUGUCGAAGCAAUGGUGCAAGAAGAGGAUACGCAACCACUAUCUGAACCCAUCAUUGCACCUGUCAAGGUUCGCAAAUUCCUUGUUACCGAGAAAGAUCUUCCAGACACUCGAUUUAGCAAAGAGUUCAUGACGGAUAUGAUGAACUUCCCUGAUCUCACUCGCAACAUUGCUAUUGUCGGUCAUCUUCACCAUGGAAAAACCUCCUUUGUUGAUAUGCUCGUCUCCGAAACACACGAUGUCCCAGUGAAUGUUGAUCAACCGGAACGAUACACUGAUACUCACACGCUGGAACGUGAACGCGGCCUCAGUAUCAAGAGCAUGCCCAUGACAAUGGUUAUGCAGGAUUUGAAUGAUAAGUCUUAUCUUUUGAAUGUGAUGGAUACACCAGGUCACACCGAUUAUAUCGAUGAGGUUGUGGCUGCCACACGUCUUGCUGAUGGUGUCGUUCUCGUUGUGGAUGUCGUCGAGGGUAUGAUGGUCAACACGGAGCAAAUUAUCAAGCACUGUAUUCGAGAAAAGCUUGCAAUGACAUUGGUUAUCAACAAGGUGGAUCGUUUGAUGCUCGAAUUGAAGCUCCCUCCUACCGAUGCCUAUUUCAAGUUGCGCCAUGUUAUCGAGGAAGUGAACACCGUGAUCCGAUCUACUGCUGGUGGUGAGAACAUUCGCCUUUCACCUGAGUUGGGCAAUGUGUGCUUUGCUUCUAGUCAAACAGGAUGGUGUUUCUCUCUCAAAUCAUUUGCUCAGCUCUACUCUGAUUCUUACGAGGCCGAAUUCGAUACGGAGCAAUUUGCCAAGCGUCUUUGGGGUGAAAUCUUUUUCAACCCUGAAAAGGGCUCUUUCCACCGCUCGUCUCAAGGUCGUGAUAGCAAGCGUACAUUUGUCCAUUUCAUUCUUGAACCUCUUUACAAGUUGUAUUCUCAGAUCAUUGGUGAAGAUGUUUCAGAAUUGAAAAAGACGUUGCGAUCACUUGGUAUUCACCUCAAGGAAAAGGAAUAUGGAUUGAAUGUCAAGCCUUUAUUGCGUGUGGUGCUUGCUCAAUUCUUUGGUCCUCCUGUUGGCUUUGUUGACAUGGCUGUUCAGCAUAUCCCAUCCCCUGCACAAAAUGCUGAGCACAAGAUUGCAAACAUUUACACAGGCCCAUUGGAUACCGAAGUUGGCGAGGCAAUGAAAAAUUGUGAUGCUGAAGGCCCGCUUGUGAUCCACAUCACUAAGCUCUAUGACAACGAGGAGGCUACAGGCUUUGAUGCAUUUGGUCGAGUGAUGAGUGGUACUGUCAAGAAUGGCCAAAUCGUUCGAGUACUUGGUGAAGGCUAUAGUGUCGAUGAUGAAGAAGAUAUGGCAAUGCAAAAGGUGACUGCAGCUUGGGUGUUUGAAGCACGGUAUCGUGUCGAGGUGGAAGGCGUACCUGCAGGAAACUGGGUCUUGCUUGGUGGUGUGGAUAGCUCCAUUGUCAAGACGGCAACCAUUGUGCAACAAAAAUGGCGUGAAGAUGCGUAUAUUUUCAGACCUCUUCGAUUCCCUACUGCUGCUACGCUCAAGGUGGCUAUUGAACCCAUGAACCCAUCUGAAUUACCAAAGAUGUUGGAUGGCCUGCGGAGAAUCAACAAGAGUUAUCCUAUCGUAACAACCAAGGUUGAGGAAUCGGGUGAACACAUUUUGCUUGGUACUGGUGAACUUUAUUUGGAUUGCGUAUUGCAUGACUUGCGCCGAAUGUACGCCGAAAUCGAAAUCAAGGUGGCUGAUCCUGUUGUUCGCUUCUGUGAGACCGUGGUUGAGACUUCAGCAUUGAAAUGCUUUGCCGAAACACCAAACAAAAAGAACAAGUUGACCUUUAUCGCCGAACCUUUAGAGAAGGGUCUUGCAGAAGAUAUCGAGACGGGCAACAUCAGCAUCAAUUGGCCAGCCAAGCAAUUGGGCAGCUUUAUGCAAGAUAAAUAUGGAUGGGAUGUCUUGGCUGCACGAUCAAUAUGGGCGUUCGGUCCUGAUGAUAUGGGGCCCAACAUUCUUGUGGAUGAUACAUUACCCUCUGAAGUGGACAAGAAGCUUCUUUACUCUGUCAAGGAUUCUAUCAAACAAGGUUUCCAGUGGGGUACUCGGGAAGGACCGCUCUGUGAUGAACCCAUUCGGAAUGUCAAGUUCCGAGUCUUAGAUACUGUGCUUGCCAAUGAGCCGAUAUAUAGAGGUGGUGGUCAAAUCAUUCCUACAUCACGUCGUGUGUGCUAUUCAUCUUUCUUAACGGCUACUCCUCGUCUUAUGGAACCUGUAAAUUAUGUGGAGAUUCAAUCACCUGCAGACUGUGUCACAGCCGUAUACGCCGUGCUGCAAAGGCGAAGAGGACAUGUCACACAAGAUAUCCCAAAACCUGGCUCGCCAUUAUACACUGUCAAGGCUUACAUUCCUGUCAUUGACUCUUGUGGUUUUGAGACUGAUUUGCGGACACAUACCCAGGGUCAAGCUUUCUGCCAGCAGAUAUUUGACCAUUGGCAAAUUGUACCAGGUGAUCCACUCGAUAAUAGCAUUGUGCUGAGACCUCUUGAACCAAGCCCUGCACAACAUCUUGCUAGAGACUUUAUGGUCAAGACGAGAAGACGAAAGGGUCUCUCUGAGGAUGUCAGCAUAAACAAGUACUUUGAUGAUCCCAUGUUGCUCUCUUUGGCUCAAGGCAGUGUUUUGUAA